AUGUCAAACGAUAUCGCGAACAAUCGCUCUGCUCUGAAGGACUUUCUUGGCUCUGUAGCUACGGUAUCCGGCGAUUUAUCGAACAUCACAGCGCCUCCAUUUGUGCUAGCUGAAAACUCCACGGUAGAGAUACCGCAAUAUUGGGCUGACCAUCCGACUUUGUUCAUAUCCCAGGCGGCCGAGGAGGAUGCGGAGAAGCGAGCUUUGAGUGUCCUGAAAUACUUCAUCGGCACGUUGCGGAAUCAACAGUAUUCAGGCCGACGAGAAAAAGAUGGUGUGAAGAAGCCAUUGAACGCGUUCUUGGGAGAACUUUUCCUCGGUCAUUGGAAAGAUGAAGAAAUAGGAGAGACACGUCUAGUUGCCGAGCAGGUUAGCCAUCAUCCACCUAUAACAGCAUGCUACCUCUGGAACGACAAGCAUGGGGUCCGCGCGCAAGGGUUCACUCAACAAGAGAUCACUUUUUCUGGAAAUGUGAACAUCAAACAGAAGGGCUAUGCACUUUUGCAUCUCGAUAGAUGGGAUGAAGACUACCUGAUCCCGGUGCCGAACAUCAAAGUCAAAGGUCUUUUGACUGGCACGCCAUACCCGGAACUGGCUGGCGAAUAUUCCCUCAUCUCUUCAAAUGGAUACGUCUCCCACCUCAAAUUCACAGGAAAGAGUUUCUUGGGCGGAGGUCAGAAGAAUGGGCUCGAGGCGAAGUUGUACCAUGCAGACAAGCCAAGCGAAACUUUAUACACAGUCAAAGGUGCUUGGAAUGGAGAGUUGACAUUCAAGAAUGGCAGGACGGGAGAGGAGAUCUACACGUUCAAUGUCAACGAUCUCGACUCCGCAAGCAUUGAGGUAGCUCAUCUUUCCGAGCAAGACCCAUGGGAAUCACGAAAAGCAUGGGGAGAGGUCAUUUCUGCUCUACACCGAGGCGACAUGAAGCGUGUAGCGGACGCAAAGUCGCGCGUUGAAGAGGGCCAGCGGCAUAUGCGAGACGCAGAGGUGGCAAGCGGUAAGCACUGGCAACCCAUCUUUUUCGAGAGGACGGAGGGUGACCCCGUUUUCGAAAAAUUGUCCGCUCUGGAUCCCGGAUCGUUCACAGUCGACAAGACAGGAGGCUUCUGGAAAGUCAAUCGAGAAGCUGUCAAGACAGUCAAACGGCCUUUCCAUGGUGAUCUGCUGCCGACCAAUGAGCAGAUCCAACAUGCUGAAAGAGACUGGACAACGAAUAGGGAUAGUAUUCAGAUUGACUCCUCGCACCGGGAGGCGUUCGCGGCAGCAGGAUAUUCCUCGAAAGUAUCAAAGUCUGAUAGUGCAGUAAGGGCAAAUGAUCCCAUCAAGUCCAAUGGCACUGCGAAUGGGGCGACUGAGGUGAUAAGCGAGAAGCCUAGUGUUGUCGACGGGCGAAAGGAUCAUCCUCUGGAGAAGCAGGAACUCGCGCAAGGCGUGGCAGCACCCGCAGUCGGCGAGCCGACCAACGCGCAGGUAGAAGCGUUCCUCCGUGCAAAGAACAGCAAUGUAGAUCGAUGA